AAAACCUGAGCCGGUGCCGCCGGGGAACCGAGGCGGGCGCCCGACCUGCUGCGGGGCGAGCGGGGCGAGCGGGGCGGAUCUGGAGCGCCCAGUCUUGUUUCGUCCAAGCGGGAGGGAAAAGCCUGACCAUGCAGAGGGCGCAGAGUCUGCCCAAGCGGUGCAUUGGCCUGGCCUUCCUGCUGCUCCACGUCCUGGGACAGGUCGCGGCCACCCCGCGCUGCCCCGCCCAGUGUCCGGCCCGGUGUCCCAAGACGCCGCCAAGCUGCGCCCCCGGGGUGCGAGCCGUGCUGGACGACUGCUCGUGCUGUGUGGUGUGCGCCCGCCAGCGCGGCGAGACCUGCUCCCCGCUGGAGCCGUGCGAGGAGAGCCGCGGCCUCUUCUGCGACCGCAGAGCCGACCCCAGCGCGGGAACGGGCAUCUGCAUGGCGGUAGAAGGCGACAACUGUGUGUUUGAUGGGGUCAUUUACCAAAGCGGGGAGACCUUCCAGCCAAGCUGCAAAUACCAGUGUGCCUGCAGAGAUGGGCAGAUCGGCUGUGUGCCCCGCUGUGGAGAGGACCUGCUCCUGCCCCAGCCCGACUGCCCAGCUCCCAGAAAAGUUGAAGUGCCCGGGGAGUGCUGUGAAAAGUGGAUCUGUGACUCAGAUGAGAAGGGGCAGUUGGGAGGCCUUGCCCUUCCAGCCUACAGGACAGAAGCCACACUAGGAGUUGCGGUCUCUGACUCCAGCAGCAACUGCAUUGAACAGACCACAGAGUGGAGCGCAUGUUCCAAGAGCUGUGGCAUGGGUUUUUCCACUCGGGUCACCAACAGGAAUCCACAGUGUGAAAUGGUGAAGCAGACUCGCCUCUGCAUGGUGCGGCCCUGUGAACAAGAACACAAGCAACCAGCAGAUAAGAAAGGAAAGAAGUGUCUCCGCACCACGAAGUCACUCAAAGCCAUCCACCUGCAGUUCAAGAACUGCACCAGCCUGCACACCUACAAGCCCAGGUUCUGUGGCGUCUGUAGUGAUGGCCGAUGCUGUACCCCCCACAACACCAAAACCAUCCAGGUGGAGUUCCAGUGCUCCCCAGGGCAGAUCAUCAAGAAACCAGUGAUGGUCAUUGGGACCUGCACCUGUCACAGCAACUGUCCUCAUAACCAUGAGGCCUUCCUCCAAGAGUUAAAGCCAAACACCAGCAGAGGGGAAAUGUAACAUGUAAUCCUACAGAGGCAAAUGUAGCUACCCAACAUCAAAUGAAUAUAAGAAAAAUUAAGAAGAAUUAUUAUUUUACCCCUGAGUCCUAUGUAUUUUCUGUGGUCAUAUGAGGUCAGUUAUAUCUGUCUUUUUUUUUUUUAAAUGAAAGAUACGAUUAACUGUAAACUUGAAAUCAAGGUGAGCUCAGGAUAGUACUUAGGGAUGAUUUACUCUUCUGUGAUAUUGACUACAAAUGAAAAUUUGUAUAAAUUUAAG